CUAUGGGUCCGUUUGGGCCCUGGUUUAUCACUGUGGGCUUGGAUUAUAAUAACUCAAACCCACGUUUGGGGUCCGUAUAAUGGAAACCCUAGUUUUAGGGUUUCCAUUACUCGUCUUCACACUUUACUCCUUCGUCUUCCAUUCGCAAUUUUCUCCGUUUUACUUCCUCUCAACUCGUCUUCAUCCCUCGCAACUCGUCUUCAAUCUCUGAGCGCUACUUCAUCCUUAAAGCCGUUUAAUCCUUCCAAUCGAAAUUAUCCCCUUUCUUCAAUCCUUGUAACGACAUUGAUUUCGAUUUAAUUUUCGAAAAAACUUUCCCCUUUUUUCCUCAACUCAUCUUCAACGUAUUUCGGUUGUUCUUUGGCCGUCGUUUUCUUCUCGGUAAAAAAUCCUUCCAAUCGAAAUCAUCCCCUCUCUCCCACUCUUCGUCCUCCCAAUUUUCGUUGAAGGCUUCGCUCACAGUGUUGCCUCCAUCCUUCCAAUCGAAAUUAUCCCCUUUCUUCAAUCCUUGUAACGACAUUGAUUUCGAUUUAAUUUCCGAAAAAACUUUUCCCUUUUUUCCUCAACUCAUCUUCAACGUAUUCCAGUUGUUCUUUGGCCGUCGUUUUCUUAUCGGUAAAAAAUCCUUCCAAUCAAAAUCAUCUCCUCUCUCCCACUCUUCGUCCUCCCAAUUUUCGUUGAAGGCUUCGCUCACAGUGUUGCCUUCGAAACAAAUGGGUCUUCUGUCGGUUUCGUUGAACGGCUGUGUUUUACAUUUUGCCUCUGAAACUGAAGCGCUUGCAUGUUCACCACUCUUCUUGGUGAACAUGCAAUCCGACUCGAUUUUCCCCUUCCACACGACCUUGCCGCUUGGACUCCGACUCGAUUUUCCCCUUCCACACAACCUUGCCGCUUGGACUCCCAUUUGCCGAUCGAGUAUUUUGUUUCCUCUGAUUUGGACACAUUCUACACUACGGAUACUAUCACCCACUGCAUUUGGGAUGUUCGAGCAAGGUAGGGUUCGAGGAUAUUCGACUUCCUACUUCGUUCGUCAGAGGUACGAGGCAUUGGCACUUUCUAUUGUACUACUUUAUUUUCAAAUGUUGUCAUUUUAAUAUUUUUGCAUUAUACUUUAUUGUACUUCCGACUUUAGUGACCAUAUUGGGUAAUAAAGAAUUCUAUUUUUUCUUUUCA